AUGGCCCAACAAAAGAAAAGGCUCAAAACUCUCUCAAACAUUCUCAAAGACAAAGCUUCAGUAAUCUACGCAUCCCUCUCCAUCAAACGCCAUGUCUCCUCCGUCCAAAUCAACAUCCUCCGCGCCACUUCCCACAGCCUCUCAUCUCCACCGUCCGAGUCACAAAUCGCCGCCGUCCUCUCAAUCGGCAACACCUCUUACACUCUCCCUCGCGCAUGCAUCAACUCCCUCAUGGACCGCCUCCACAGAACCAAAAACGCUACCGUCGCAAUGAAAUGUCUCUUUACUCUCCAUAACGUGAUCCUUAAAGGACCUUUCACUCUUAAAGAUCAAUUCUCUUGCUACCCUUCUUACGGUGGUCGGAAUUUUCUUAACCUCUCUACUUUUCGUGAUGACUCGGAUUUUGAAUCGGUGCAAUUGAGUUCUUGGGUUCGUUGGUAUAGCGCUGUUCUUGAACAGUUUUUAACCAUUUCAAGAAUCUUAGGUUAUUACAUGAAUUCGAAUUCUAUAAAGAAUGAUUCAGUUACGAUGAUGAAAUUGUCGAAUGCUGAUUUGUUGUAUAAACUUGAAGGUUUAGUUGUUUUCGUAGAGAAAAUUAGCGAUGUUCCGGAAUCUUUGGAUCUUCAGAGGAAUGAACUGGUUUAUGAGAUUGUGAGAAUGGUGGGUGAAGAUUACAGAAACGUGCAGGGUGAGAUACUGUUGAGAUUGGAAGAGCUUGGGAAGAGGAUCGAUAGAUUCGAAGAUGUGAGUGAGUUGAACGAGUUGGUGAGUUAUUUGAAGAGAUUGGAAGAGAGUAGAGAGAAACUUGUGCUUUUGUUUGUGAAUAGAAGAAAGAAUAAUGGGUUUUGGGAAAUGGUUAGAGAGAUAAAGAUGAGAGGGUUGGAGAAGAAGGGAGAGAUUGAAGGGAAGUGGCUGACGGUGGUGGUGGGUAGGAACACGGUGGCGGCGGAUGAGUUGAUUCGGUGUACGAACCCGUUUCUUGAACCGGGACAAUAUUUUCCGGUCCCACAGAUGAGUUUUGCAACGGUAAGAUGA